AUAUUUCAAAAAAUAAUAAUCAAAACUAAAUUCCUUAAAAAGAACCAAUAAAAUGAGAGGUCUGUAGGUUGAAUAGAACGAAUUAUUGAAAUUGAACGGCGAUAAUCUCUAGCGAUGGCUCGCCCGUCGGGAACGAGAACAACAAGCAGGGCAUCAUCAUCGACCUCCUCCUUGACCACCACCGUGACAAUCGAGAACAACACGGGCGCCUCGUCCUCGUCGCAACCUCAAGAAACCCUCGUCCUCGAACUCCGCCCAAGGAAAAAGAAAGUUACGUGGAAAAAAGGAACCGUGGACAACGAGUUCAUGAACAAGAAAAGCUCCAAGAUCUGCUGCGUUUUCCAUAAAGAAAAGCCCUUUGACGAAGAUGACAGUGAUGAUGAGGGUCAUGACCAUCAUCACCAUCCAUCCAACGGCCAUGAUUCCUCCAAGGAGCGCUGCAGGCCUGACAGCAGUGCCAGCACCAGCACCAGCGCCUGAUUUUGUUUUGGAUAUGUGUUUAUGGUCUUUAUUAUGGAUGCAAUGAACAAACUAUAGUGUUGAUUUCACUGGAUAUUUUCUACCUUGCGUCAUUAAUAUUAUAUAUUUUGUUUUUAGAUUCUUCAAUUGUUUGUUUUGAUUCUGAAUAAUAUAUACUAUUGGUAUGAUUAAUUGACAUUUGAUAGCAAAAGAUGAACUUAAUCAAUGUUGCUGCUGAACCUGGAUGUUGCUCAAUAUUUGGGGAUAACUUCAAGGGUUGUCAUUUUGUUUCUGCUUAUGAAAUCUUUUUUCUAUUGGUUGAUGACCCAACUUUCCACAUUUUAUUUCUGCUUAAGAAUUCCAGCAUCAGGACUAAAGGCAUGCUUCAUAACUCUGUUUUGCAUGCAUGUUGAAUAUUCUGUUUCAUUAGGAAGGGUACAUAGCAAAACUAUGUGAUUUGCCUAACAUUGUGUUUUAUGGUAAAAAAAAGUUGUCUUGUCGGAUAUUCUGUUUCAUUAGGAAGGGCAAAAAAAGUUAGAGGCAAAGUUGUAUAAAAUAACUGUAAGGCUUGUGUUGUUAUAUGGAAUUGACUAUUGAGCUCUUAAGAAACAACAUGAGAAAAAAAUGAGUGUAGCUGAGAUGAGAAUGCUUAGAUGCUUGUGUGGUAAGAUUGGAAGAGACAAAAUAAAAAAUGAAGAGAUUUGAGGAAAAUUAGGAAUAGUCUGAAUUGAAGAAAAGAUGAGAGGGUCGUUUGAGAUGGUUUGGACAUGUGAAACGUAGGCCUAUCUUUGCACUAAUUAGGAGAAAUGAGUUUCUAGAUUUAGGAGAAACUAAAACUUCUAGAGGUAGACCAUGAAAGACAAUGCAAGUAAUAAGAAAUGAUAUGAAGGUUAAGGAAGUAAAUGAAAAGGUUGUUAUUGAUAGAAAUGAUUGGUGCAAGAAGAUUCAAAACUACAACCUAAUAUGAUUCCUUUUUUGACCUUUUAUAUAGCCGGUCCGAGAGUUAUAAGAUAUAAGGCUUAGUUUGUUGUUAUUGUUGUAUUAGAAAGGAUAUAUAGCAAAACUAUGUGAUUUGCCUGACAUUGUUUUUUAUGGUAAAAGAAAGCUUAGGUGAGGGGAGGCUAUCCAUUCUAGGGUGAGGGCAUACCACUGGUUUGGUGAGGAUUUAUAUUGGAUUUACAGAUCAUACAUCUAAAAGUCCAUCUAGAAGAAUUGCAAGCAGUGAAAAUCGAACUUAAGCCUUAUUUGGACUCUACUUUUAGACAAACUGAGUCUCUAGUUACAAAAUGGAGUCGGAAAUAGCAAGAAAGAGGACACUAUCCCAGUUAGCUGUUGGUAGGAGAGUGGGGGAAUCAAAUUAAGAACAU